UGUGUGUUGAAUGGGGCGCUGCUGUUGCUGCUGCUGUUGGGCUGGGAUCUGAGUUUAAAUAUUCAAAAUGGCGGACGGAGGAGCAGCGAGUCAAGAUGAGAGUUCAGGAGCAGAUUCUAGAAUGAGUAAUCCGUCAGAAACAAGUAAAUGUGCAAUGGAGAGUGGGGACGGAAACACAGGUGCCCAAACAAACGGACUGGACUUUCAGAGGCAGACGGUGCAAACAACAAACGCAAUCACCAAUGCACACGCACAGGCCCUGCUCCAACAGUGUAAGUCAGAGGAUUCGGCUGAGCUUCCAGCCUCCAGCCAGCAGGGUGCGCUGACCCAGACUCAGCUCAUGUUGGCCGGGGGGCAGAUAGCUGGAUUGACUCUGACCCCAGCACAGCAGCAGUUGCUGUUGCAGCAGGCUCAGGCACAGCUGUUAGCUGCAGCUGUGCAGCAGCACUCAGCCAGCCAGCAGAGCAGCACCACAGGAGCCAGCAUCUCCGCAUCCGCUGCCACACCCAUCACACAGAUCCCCCUCUCCCAGCCCAUCCAGAUCGCACCCCAGUUGCAGCAGCUGCAGCAGCAGCAGCAGAACCUCAACCUUCAGCAGUUUGUACUGGUGCAGCCAGGCCACCCCAUCGCCACUCAGCUGCAGCCGGCACAGUUCAUCAUCUCGCAGACGCCGCAUGGCCAGCAGAGCCUCCUGCAAGCCCAGAAUCUUCUAACUCAACUACCUCAAAGCCAAGCCAACCUCCUGCAGACUCAGCCAAGCAUCACCCUCACCACCCAGCCCGCGACACCCACGCGCACGAUAGCAGCUACCCCCAUCCAGACCCUCCCUCACAGCCAGACAACACCAAAGCGCAUGGACACUCCCAGCCUGGAGGAGCCCAGUGACCUGGAGGAGCUGGAGCAGUUUGCCAAAACCUUCAAACAAAGGAGGAUCAAACUGGGCUUCACUCAGGGGGAUGUCGGCCUUGCUAUGGGAAAGCUUUAUGGAAACGACUUCAGCCAAACCACCAUUUCUCGCUUUGAGGCCUUGAACCUGAGCUUUAAAAACAUGUGCAAGCUAAAGCCUCUGCUGGAGAAAUGGCUCAACGAUGCAGAGAACCAGACGUCGGAACAGGGCCUGUCCAGCCCCAGCUCUUUGGGCUCCCCUGGGCUGGGCAUGGAGGGCCUCAACAGGCGUCGCAAGAAGAGGACCAGCAUCGAGACCAACAUCAGAGUGGCCUUAGAAAAGAGCUUUCUGGAGAACCAAAAACCUACCUCUGAGGAGAUCACCAUGAUCGCCGACCAGCUGAACAUGGAGAAGGAGGUGAUCCGUGUGUGGUUCUGCAACCGCCGGCAGAAGGAGAAGAGGAUCAACCCACCCAGCAGCGGCAGUGCCGGCAGCACCCCCAUCAAAGCAAUCUUCUCCACCUCCACAGCCCUGGCGCCUUCCACCGCCAGUCUUGUGACCAGUACCACUCCGACUACACUGACUGUAAAUCCUGUUUUGCCUCUCACCAGCACAAGUGUCUCCAGCAUGGGCUUUACUGGCACUACUGUGGGCGCCCCCUCAAUGAACACUGCAUCGGUCAUCUCCACGGUUCCUGCCAUCUGCACGGCAACCUCCUCUCCCUCACUCAGCCCCUCCCCCAGCGCCCUGCAUGCGUCCUCGUCUGAGUCUUCGGUGGCUCAGGAGCCGAUAACCACGGUGACCCAGGCCCCGUCCUCACUGGCCAGCACACUGGCUAGCGGUCAGGUGAUGGUGGCGGCUCCGGGUCUGUCGGCUGCUCUGCAGGGGGCGGCUCAGCUGCCUACCAGCGCCAGCAUCGCCGCCAUGGCUGCAGCGGCUGGUCUUAGCCCAGGUCUCAUGGCCUCCUCACAGUUCACUCCUGGUGGGGCUCUGCUGAGUCUGGCUCCUGGUGGUCUGGGCAGCGCAUUGAGUCCGGCACUGAUGAGCAACAGCACCUUGGCCACUAUCCAAGGUGUGUGGAGCGCUUUGGCCUCUAGCGGGACUCUGCCCAUCACCUCUCUAGAUGGCAGUGGUAACUUCCUGUUCGCCAAUGCCAGCGCAGGGAGCACGCCCAACCUGGUGACGGCGCCCCUUUUCCUCAACCCCCAGAACCUGUCUCUGCUCACCAGCAACCCGGUCAGCCUGGUGUCUGCCGGGGGGGCCGCGGGGGCUGCCGGAGCCCUCAACCUGCACGUUGCCGCUGACACCCACCACAGUGCCGUCACCACGGCGACCGUGCCUGCCUCCACAAUCACCACCGCCUCCAAGGCCCAGUGAAGGCUCCGCCCAUUCUCUUUCUUCUUCUUCUUCUUCUUCUUCUUACCUCUCCUUCUCUCCAUCAAUCAUUAUUUAAUCCCUUUGCUACCACCAAAAAGAAACUCCAAGGAGUUUUUAUCGUAUUAUUAUGAUUUUAGUGUUUUAUUUUACUCAUAUUUCCCCUCUAACAAUUUUUUUUAUUUCAAAUGAUGUGCUUUCUUUUUUUGGACCUUGUUGCCUGUUUUUCUUUUUGUAACAACCUUCACUAAUGUUGACAUUACCAAUAGAGAGCCUGGUGUAAAAGGUAGCUGAAACAGGACUGCCCCUCGUCUGCACUCUCGCUCUUGCUUGGUAUUGCAAAGAUGUGUGUUCACUCCGAGUGAGCUCGCCUCACUGUCAUCAUCACUUUAAUUUUCAGCUUUUUUUUUUUUGUUUUUUUUUUUUAUGAAUACAUAUUCCUUUUUUGGUCCUAAACACUCCUAACCAAAAAUGUGUACUGUUGAUUAGAUUUAACCGUCUUUGUUUUGAUCCUCAUUAUCAUCACUACUAAGAAAGGUGUCCGACACCUCACUCUUUGAACCGAUUCUGUUAGAGGUGCUGCUUUGCAGGCCUCUGGGACGUUCAUAUCAAAUCUUAUAUAUAUAUAUAUAUAUAUCUAUCAAGUCUUUUCUCGAAUACAGCUUUAGACUUCUGUCAUUCUCACUUGUGGUUACAAGGCUUUAAAGGAGUAAUAAGUGGCUGCGAUAUACGGUUUCAUUGCUUUAAGGAAUCGUUUGACUAGUCUCGGUCUGGAAAAACACUGAUUUUAACAACGAGAAAAAAAAUAUCAAUACUUGGUAGCAGAUUUCUUCUUCUUUUUUUUUUUUUUAAAGCGCACUCAAGUGUGGGUCUGACGCAGAGCCCCGAGUUGGGUGUAUUUAAGUAAUACUAAUAGCUUUAAAGGACUGCAGGAGCAGUCCAGCAGAGAGGACGCUUUCUGGGCGAGUGACGGUUUGCUGUGUAGACUUCGGUCACUUGUAAAGAUCACGCACUGAAAGCUCCAGGGAGUGUUGUGCUACUGUACACUAGUGGUGUGACUGUGUGAUGUCGUCUAGACUGUGACCUGUGUUCAUCCCAAAGUCCGUCUGCCUCUUAAGGUCUUCCCGACACGGUGUGCUGCGUGCGGUGUGUGUGUGCGCGCGUUCUGUGUAGUGUCCUGGAGUUCCACCGAAGGCGUGGUGGGCGACCUGAACGUUUCACUAGGCAGAAUGGCGGGGCUGUCCUCUGUCCAGGCGAAUUUUUAAGGUGUUUGUUUUUCUACUUGUGCACAGUACCUGUACCAAAAAAAACUGGAUUUGAGAACUGCAGUCUGCAGCCUGGAUUCGUCACAUUUUGAGGAAGAGGUUGUGUUUUUUUUUUUUAUUUUUUAUUUUUUUUAUUUUUUUUUUAUUUCCGAGACCUUUGACAGACCUCGCUGUCAAGAUAUACCAAAAAUAUUUGUUAAAAAAAAAAACCUGUUGCUGUAUAAUACCAUUGUAGCGUAGCGUAAGUCUAAAUAUUUAUGAGCGGAGAGGCUCUUGGUAGACCACAGGAAAAUAUGAUGAUAAUGCAAUAUUUUAAAGAUCAUUUCCAAAGACGAAAAACUUCUUCUUUUUUUUUAUUAUUUUAUUUUUAUUUUAGUCGAGAUGGCUCUCCCUGCUCUGCUCUGUCUCAUCAGUGCAGCUAACCAAAUAACCUGAGUGGAUAGGGGAGGGUGGGGUUCGUAUUGGUAUAGGUUCGGAGGCGGUCAGGACCACAUGCUGCAGUGAUGACAUAACCCCCCCGUUCCCACCCCUAAAGUAGCCUGGCCGCCUCCUAAGUGGUCGGUGAGAGGUCUUCGUCGGUGCGAGGGAGAACGCGGAGGCAGCAGUGGCUCUCCCUCUGGUAAUAAAGUUAAUAUAUAUUUGGAUGAUGUAGUUGUGAGUGGACGGAAGCGUCGCCAGUGCGUUUGUUUGCCUUACAGGCUCUUUCUUGUGUUCUAGGCUUUUUCUCUCCCCAUCCCUGUGUAGUUGUAAGAUGGCAGGCUGUGUUUUGAUUGGUUUGAAGUAGACUGAAAUAUCCACUAUGGAGGCCGGUUGGGACCGUUUGUACGGAGCUUUAGCAGGCCGGUCUUGCCGGUCUCCCCCACCCUCUUACCAAUGUAAUUCAGCCAUGAAGUAAAAGCUUGAACCAAAGUCGUUUUUCUCGCUAGCUGCUGUGCCUGUGGAGUCCAGCGAGACGCUGGCCACACUAUCACUACUCUACACUACUGAUAAAACGUUCUCAUCUCUUACUCGUACUCCUCCUCUUUACCAAACACCAACGGCUUUUAGUGAACGUGCAUACUAAAAGAUCUGUGUGUUCAGCUUUAAAAUCAAGUGUGUAUAGCUUUGUGCAGACUUUUUUUUUUCUUCUAAGUAGCCCAUGAUAUCAACAUGUAUAGUGAUCCAAAGACUACUUGUCUGAGGAGUGCUGUAAGUGCUGUUGAGGUCCAUUCUAGGUUUCUCAUACUUUUUUUAAAGACGUUAAAGCAUCGCACCCCGCCCAGUAGAUUUCACUGGAAUCCACUCACACACUCAUUACGCCGACACUGUAGCUAACAUCUACAGUGGAAACCUGUGGAAUGCAAAAAAAUUCAAAUAAAAUAAAUAAAAAACACAACUGAAUAUCUCUCCAAUAUUUGAUUACCCUCUGGUAUGGCUGGGCAAUGUGACAUGUCACAAUAUGCAAUUAUGAUGUCACAAUACGAGAUGAAAUAGACAAAUAAAAAAGAACAAGUUGUGCCAAAAUUUAUGAAUGUGGCUGAAACUGAUGACAUUUGAUAUGAAAAUGAGCCUUAGGGUGUUUUCACACCAGCUCUGUUUGGUCUGGUUGAAAUGAUUUGUUUCGGAGUGCUAAUUGGUCCAGUGGUCUAAAGCACUGCCACUAUGAUAGAGGGAUUGCUGGUUCGAGUCCCGCUCAUGCAGCUCGCCAUCAGCUGCCGGAGCCCAGAGAGAGCAAAAUGGUCUUGCUCCAACUAAACAAAUUCAUCAACUGAUUCGGACCAGAGAAUCGGACUACAGGUGUUAUGUUAACAAGGCACUGCAUGUUGUUGAUUAAUAGUAGAAAUAAGUGGAUUAUGGCCAAAGAUCUACUGAGAACUGUUAACUUUAAUUCAGAAAUAAUUUCGCAGUCUAUCAUCUCAACAAUAUAUAUCAAUAGUUACAUUGCCCAGCCAUACCCUCUGGGUUCUUGGAUGCACAUGCAUUUCUAACCUUGGCGCAGCACUGGUGCCCGGGCAGUAACGGUACAUAAGUGUGGUAUACUGAAAGUGUAAACCACUGUUUUCUUCUCAGCUUUCAUUAUACCAGUUCUAUAGUCAUAUAGUAAAGGUACAGUCAGGACUCAUAUUUUCUUAUUUAUUUUAUUUUUAGAAACGGGCUGUUCUUCAGGCUGCUGAUGCAUCAUUGCAUCAUUGAUUCUGGUGUGCAAGCGCAAUAGCUGUGAAUGCUUUACGUUUUAGAGCACAAGUGCUUCAACUAGACCAUAUGCUACACAAAACCCACAAAAUUCCAAGUUUGUACAUACAGUAUUUAUGAUGUACUUUCAUUUAUCUUAGCUCCUUUGUUAUUUUGGUUACUUUUUUUUAAUAAACAUUUUCUCCAUCCUCACUGCCCUCUAUGCCAUCUUGAAACUGUUACUAUUGACCUGUCCUGUCAUUUCAUUCACAUUUAUAUAAAACGUGUUGUAUUUUUAUCUUCUUUUUUCAUUUGUUCUUUUUUUUUUAUUUGAAUUAUUACCUCAUCAGCACUUAAAUGGAAGGUUCACUUUAAGCAAAACGGCACCAACAGACUGUAACUCCGGAAUGUAAAAGAGCUGUUAAUUUCCUUUUUUCUUGUUGUUUUUUCAAAAUUCUCAGCAGAUGCAUUCUAGUAAAAACAUGGAAAAACAAAACUAAACACAGAUGUAAUGAAUAAUGUCAAGUCAAACUACUACUGCUAUAUUUCAAGUACUACUACUAUAGGGUAUCUCCAGGUUAACCAGUUACUAUUAUUUUAUUAUAUCCUACUUGCCAAAGUUGAAAAAAAGGCCUUUGUCUUUGCGGCUGGGUUGAUGUCUCGUUGCUGCUCACUCCGCUGGUUCUGUCCCGAGGCUGCAGCAUGGCCUCGUGGGACUUGUAGUUUUGUGUGUAGUUGAUGUAUCUGGGUUUGUUUUUAACGCAGUAGUGUGGUUGACCGGUGGUGCCGGGGACCAUGAGAAGUUACUGAAAUAUUUAUCUGAGGAACGACGUAUAGAAUUAGAGAAAGAACUUUUUCUUUUCUUUCUUGUUUUCUUGUCUUUUUUUUUUUCUUUUCGUUUUUUUUUUUUGUUUUCUAAAUUCUAUAUAUAUAUAAACGCAUAUGUAAUAUACUCAUAUUUUAUAUUUGAACUAUUAUCAAAAUUGAAUGUAGUGUUUUGUCAUGCUUAUUCACAAAAAAAAAGGAAAAAAAUGCUACAAAAAAAAGAAACCUUCCUUUUUAUGAUAGUAAUUCUGAAUUCUGAAACUCUCAAGACCAAAAAUGAAGACCACACCCCUCGGAUGUGGGGGGCGGCCGUCGAUGGAGCCACUCCCACUCUGAGAGACGCAGUUGUCGCUGUUGUCGUUGUUGUUUAUUUGUUUGUUUGAAUGGGAGGGGCUUGCUCUGUGCUUCGGUGCUCCCAGCUUUUACUGUUGCUUGGGAAAAGGACUCGAAAGCACCUGAUCUUAAUCUGUUUUCUUUUUUUUUUUUUUUUAUGAACUUGAUUUGCUGUGUUGUUUUUAACAAUCAUUUGAACUUAUUUACUUUUGUUGCCUUUCGUUUGUUGUAUUAUUAUUAUUAUUUUUUCUUUGUGUAUAGCAUGAGGGAGCAGCAUCACUGGCUUUCUUAGUUUAACAAAAUUAACUUAUCCUUAUCAUUUUAUGCCUUACUAUUAUUUCUACACGAUUGACGCAUUGUAGCAGACGUUAGCGCGAGUGUGUGCGCGUGCAAGGUUUUUUUUUUGUUUGUUUUUUUGUAUGUAUGUAUGUGUGUGUGUGUGUGAGUGAAAGUGGAUGCAUUCUAGCAUGCUUGUAUGUCUAACUCACUCUGUGCAUAUCGACCGUUGGAAUAACGCUGUGAGUAUUGGACUUUUUUGUUUUGUUUCAUUUUGAUUUUUCUUUUUUCUGAUGUUUGGACAUUAAAAUGUUGCUACCUAUUUAGGUGGGACUUGAGCAGGUCAGAAACCUGCUGAGGAAAAAAAAAAAAAGAAAGCUUUAUUAAUAACCCAACUCCAGCUGUUGUGUAGGCCAAUGGGGUUGUCUUUGUUCUUGGUGGUGGUGGUGGUGGUGGUGGUGCGUUUGCGUUCGCAUUUAUGGGUCAUUCUGUAGAGUAGAAUUCCUCUGAAUUAAUUCAGCUGAAUCGCUUGGAUGAAAAUUGUGAAGGAAAGCAAACAAAAAAAAAGACGAAAAAAAGUUUGGUGCGGCAUUAAAGCAGGCUGAUGCAAUGGCGACCACUUCGGCUGCAAGUGUGUGAUGCUGUAAUGCUUGCUCUUUAACCUGUGUGAUAUUAAGGUGGUGUUGCGUGGAUGGACCUUUACAGGACCGGUGGGGCUCAGCACUUCUGCAGCAGAUCUAUUUUUGCAGCGUUAGUUGUUGAGAAGUGGUUUAACAAGCGUUUGGGUUGAUGAUGAUGAUGAUGAUGAUGAUGAUGAUGAUGAUGAUGAUUAUUAUGAUGAUUGUUCUGCUCUCUGAAUGGCUGGAUGCCCUGGUUGGUUUGUAAGCUUGUGUUUCGCUGCAGUAGGCCUCGAGUCCAUUGCUAAGGAAAGAAAAAAGGGUUUAAAAAAGGAUAAUAAUAUGAGUGGCCGUGCACCAGAUGGGAGUGCUAGGUGGUCUGGGUAAAGGAGCUGUUGUAUACCUCAUUUCUAACUCGAGACAGAGCGAAAAACUUGCUUUAAUCUACUUAAAUAAAAAAGAAAAACUUAAAAUAAAAACCAAAAAAACUAAAACAAGAGAAACAGUCCUGGAGAAGCCUGCAGACGUCCAUUUAGUGUGCGGGGGAGGAUCUAGCGACUGUUCUGAAGACACUACGCAGAUUUUAUUACGCUCAUGAAUGUUAAAAUGGUAACGUAUAGGACUGUUUGCUUGUUUGUUGUAUUUAUUUGACACCUCAGCAUUCGUCUUUGUUGUCUUUUUUAUGAUUUGACAAUCGUCUCCUUUUAACGUCAUUUUUGUAUGACUGUAGAGAUACAGGGUUUGCUUUGGAUUUCUCUUUGUGUGUAUAUGUAAUUAUGUAGAAUAUGUAGUGUUCUUUGUUUCUCUCUCUCUCUUUCUCUUUGAGUCUGCUAGACCCUCGCCCUCUCUGUGGUAACCAAAGACUUCCAAAAAGUGAUUGUAUGGACUAAACUGUCUCUCCUGAUGCCCUACCUUUAGCUACAGAUUUAACAUCAUUCUCUCUUUCUCUCUCUCUCUCACAUUCAUACACACUCAGCAUGGGUCAGGGCAUGAAGGAGAUCUCAGAGAUCUCAUAAGGACAGGGGCAGGCUUCUCCAAAGGACUUGUUAAAAAAAGGAAACAAAAAAAAAAGUUAACCCCUUGUUGGCUGGGUGAUGUUUGUUAGUACACACCGAAGGACGUCCUGCGCACUCUCCACAACCGGCUCAGGAUGAACCGUCGUUCUGUCCUCUGUGUUCUGUCCUCUGUCCUCCCAUUGUCUUCUUCUACGUCUCUACGGCUGUAACAAAGCAAACCUGUAACAAUGUAACCUGUAAAAACGUCUCAACCAAAAAACAAAAAGCGCAGAGUUCGCUCUCGUGCAGUGACGGAGUUGUCUGAUCAUUUCAGUUUUAAUGUUCAGUGCUUUGUGUUUGUAUAUCUUUCUCAGUUUUUUCUCCACACUUCUCACCAUCAUCUUUCGUUCCCUUUUUUUUCUUUCUUUCUCUUAGUUCGACUGAUCAGCUGUGCAACUAUGCAUCGUUGUCCUGUAGGCCGCUGGGGCCGCGUCUGCGCGACGCAGCUCUCUCUCUUUAACCAAAUGGGUCUUCGGCGCCUCGCGCGACAGCUUUAUUCCGAGCGCGAGGGCCGACAGAUGUUACAAGCUCUAUCCCAAAGCAAAAAUCCAAAUAUGAAACGUUUGACAAACGCAGAUACCAAAGAUUCCUCUCUGUUUUUGUUCUAUUUCUCUCUCUCUUUCUCUCCGUCUUUCUCUUCCACCCCUUCAGCGUGUGUAUUAAGGAACAGAUCCCAGCCCUGACAUUUAGUCCUAACCUCAGUAAUUCCAAAGCUUAGAUGUAUAUUUUGGUAUUUUUCUGAGAUACUUAAAGAAAACUGAAACGAAACAAAAAACAAACAAAAAAAAGAAGCAAAAAAACAAAAGUUUGUCAUUUUAACUUUCUCGUUCGUUGGAUGUAUUGCUCUUUUUCUGUCACAGCAUGGAGUUAAUUGCAGAAAACUGUCUUACUCUUAGUAGGUUAAAACAAAUAGUAUUUUUAUAUGUUUUUGGGUGUGUCAAUGUAUGUGAUAUCAGUUUCACUGCCCAAGUUACCAUUGCUUUUUAAAAAGGAAAAGAGGACAAAAAAAAGAAAUAGGAAAAGGUUGAAACAAACAAAAAAAAUAAAAUAAAAGAUCAUGUACAUACUGCUUCAGUCUUGGACUUCAAAGUCGAGCCGUUCUGUAAAUGGUCAUUGGUCAUUCGCAUUUCCUACAGCUAAAGCUUGAGGAAUGUGUCCCUUUGCCCUGAGACCCAUCCUACCCCCGUCCCUCUACCCCCGUCCCUCUACCCCCACCCGUCACAUACUGUAGAUUGUACUUCUGUAUUGCAGUGAUGCGCUGAUUGGUUGGAUAACUGGGUAUCACUACAGACUCAGAACUCCAGUGACUCUCUAUCUCUCUCUCUGUUACUUUAUGAACACAUGCCUCUAUGACUGGACUCUAAUAAGGCUACAUCACCGUAGCUUAGAACUGAACGAUUGUGUAGAAAUAUGAUAAGUAUGUGAAUCAGGAUACAUGGUAGAUUUGAUGCAUUUGUCUGCUGUAUUUUUUUUUCUUUUGAUUUUUUUUAUAAAUAUAUAUAUAAAGAUGAUAAUCUUUUACUGUAAGUGUACAGUUUUCUUUUGUUGUAAAACAUCAUUAAACCAUUUUCCAAGUGUUUUAAUAUUGUAA